AUGUCCUACAGUCCUUCAUGGAAUGAUCACGCGCCAAGUUGGCAGCAUUUGUUGGCUGUUCGUUCGCUAAUCGCUACAGAGAUUUGCUGCGUCCUGCCAUGGCAAUGCCAUCGGCCGGGAGGCCAGGCGCUGUACAACCUGGGGCAGGCGGAGGGGCUCACCAUCUGGUCACCCAACGUGAACAUCUUCCGGGACCCGCGCUGGGGCCGUGGGCAGGAGACCCCCGGCGAGGACCCGGCCGUGGCCAGCAAGUACGCGGUCGCCUUCGUCAGGGGCAUCCAGGGCAGCAGCACCCCCGCCGGCGCGGCGGCCGCGCCGCAGCCGCUGCAGGCCUUCGCGUGCUGCAAGCACGCCACGGCCUACGACCUCGAGGACUGGAACGGCGUGGCGCGCUACGACUUCGACGCCCGGGUGACGCUGCAGGACCUGGUCGACACGUUCAACCCGCCGUUCCAGAGCUGCGUCGUCGACGGCAAGGCCAGCUGCGUCAUGUGCGCCUACACGGGGAUCAACGGCGUCCCCGCUUGCGCCAGUUCCGACCUGCUCACCAAGACGUUCCGAGGCGCCUGCUGGGGCCUCGACGGCUACGUGUCCUCGGACUGCGACGCCGUGGCCAUCAUGCACGACGCGCAGCGGUACGUGCCCACGCCGGAGGACACCGUCGCCGUCGCCCUCAAGGCUGGAUUGGACCUGAACUGCGGGACCUACACACAGGAGCACGGCAUGGCCGCGAUCCAGCAGGGUAAGAUGACGGAGAAGGAUGUGGACAAGGCCCUCACCAACCUCUUCGCCGUGCGGAUGCGGCUGGGCCACUUCGACGGCGACCCGCGCGGAAACGCGCUCUCGGCGCCCUGUGGCUACGCCGCAAUGGGCCAGGCGGCCGCGUUGGCGAGCUCUUCAGAGUACGUGUUCCUAUUCAUGGGGCUCAGCCAGGAUCAGGACAAGGAAGGGAUGGACAGGACGAGCCUGCUGCUCCUGGGCAAGCAGCAGAGCCUCAUCACCGCCGUCGCCAGCGUGGCCAAGCGGCCGGUGAUCCUUGUGCUGCUCACGGGCGGCCCCGUGGACAUCACGUUCGCACAGUCCAACCCCAAGAUCGGCACCAUCUUGAACUACCGCUUCUACCGGGGCAAGACCAUCUACAAGUUCAAAUACGGCCUCAGCUACUCCAAGUUCUCACGCCAGCUAGUCACCGGCGGCAAGAACCAAUUGGCUCCUAACACGAGCCUACUUUCCGGCCUGUCCGCGAUGACCAAGGACGCCACGAGCUAUUACCACGUCAAUGACAUCGGCGUAGAUGGGUGUGAGCAACUCAAGUUCCCGGCGGAGGUCGAGGUGUAG